AUGCAAAAGAUGCAGUCAGAUAAGGUCAACAUGAAAACUUUGAUGGCUGCCUUCGACUGGAGGGAGCUCUCUGAGUCUGGCCAUGCAAAGAGCACUCACGAGAGAACCCAGUCCUCCUCCACUCCCAGUGACAGAGGCAAGCAGAGACGUGAUGGCUCCGAGAUUAGUUCCACCAAACGCAAUGGGAGCGGUAGAGGAAGCCGGGGCUCUUCCAUAAGGCGAAGUGUUGUGGAAUCACGUCGUCGAAGGAGUACGAGCAGGACAAGAAUUCAUCGAACUCAAACAAGCACGAAUGUUCAGCAGCGGCGGUCUUCAGAGCGGGGGCUGCUUCUUGGUGCGCCCAAACUGAAGAGGCGAUCAUCGUCAGCACCAUCAAUGUUGGACGUGUCAGCUGAGGACCUGGACCACUCGUUGGACCAGCGGGCGGCACCUCUGAGGAGAAAAUCCCUCAGUGGCAACUGUCACAUUGGUUGCUCCAAAAUCCAGGCCAGUAAUGGAACGAAAAGCAAGUAUUCUGGGCUUGCUACAGGUAUUGCCAGCAAGCUCGAAACCACUGACACAACAAGUGCUACCGGUAAGACCAAACGUCUUUUGGAGCUUCGUAAAAACUUGCAGGUCACUGCGGGUCAGAUUGUACCCAUUCAGCUCGACAAGAGCAUUGUGGUCGGACCCAUGAUAACAUAG